CAGACGCCAGCGGAAGCCGGCGGGACUUCCGGCGGGCGCGGGACGGAAGGCGAGAGCCGCUUCCGCCUGGGGCUGCGUCCGCUGAGCGCGGCGUGGCGCGGCCCGGCCCGCCAUGGGCCCACGGGCGCUGCCGCUGCUGGAGCCGGGGCGCCGCCCGCAGCCGGGCAAGUGGUACCGGCUGUCGCCGCGCGGGGACCGGCCCUGCGGGCGCGUGGGCCAUGGCUGCCUCUUCCUGCCGGGCGGCGGGACCGGCCGCGUCCUCCUCUUGGGCGGCGCCGACCCCGCCGCCGCCUUCGCGGACGCCCACUUCGUGGAGCUGGGCGCGCACCGCUGGGCCGCCGCCGGCUGGAGCGGGCUGCGGCCUCGCUACGAGCACGCUACCUUCCUGCCCGCCGCCUCCCCCCCGCGCCUUUGGGUCUUCGGCGGCGCCCACCCGGCGGGGAACCGGAGCUGCGUCCAGGUGCUGGACCCGGAAAUAGGAACCUGGGAGAGUCCUGAAGUGAGUGGUGUGCAGCCGCUGCCCAGGACCUUUCACACCUCCUCAGCAGCUGUAGGAGACUGUCUGUACGUGUUCGGAGGGGGAGAUAAAGGAGCAGAACCGGUCCAAGACCAGCGGCUUCACGUGUUUGACACAGCCACCUUGACCUGGUCCCAGCCAGAUACUCAUGGGGAUCCUCCCUCUCCUCGGCAGGGACACGUUGUGGUUGCAGUCGGGACCAAACUCUUUGUCCAUGGAGGUUUGGCUGGUGAUGUUUUUUACAAUGAUCUGUUCUGCAUCGAUAUAAAUGACAUGAGAUGGGUUAAGAUACCAGCCACCGGCGACAUCCCCGGAGGACGGGCAUCCCACUCAUCAGCUGUGUUUAAGGACCACUGGUACAUUUUUGGUGGAAUAGGUCCAGAUGGGACACUGGAUACUACGUACAAGUAUCACAUAGAGAAGCAGCAGUGGACGCUCCUGCAGUUUGAAUCCCCUCUGCCUGCUGGGAGGCUGGACCAUGCCAUGUGUGUCAUUCCCUGGCGGGCUGGGACAAGCGGAGACGUGGGAGCUGUCACCUGGGAAGGUGAAGCUGGGCAAGAGUCGACUGUGGCAUCGGGUGACACAGCUGAGCCCCAACAGGGGAGCCGAGAGGAGGAGGGGUGUGCUGAAGCUGUGGUCAUGCAUCUGCUGUUAAUAUUUGGUGGGAUGGACACACAGGGGGAGAUAUACAGGGACUGCGUGGUCAGUCUGAUCGAGUAGCGGAGCGGCUGUCUGCACAGCACCGGCCUUUUCUAUGCAGUUUUUAUAGUACUGUUGGAUUAAAUUAAUUCUUCUUUCCAAUAAACAAAUUUUU